GGGACCCCGGCACCGCACAGCCUCCCCGAAGCCAUGUACAGGAGCAGCUUCCUCCGCGAGGUGCGCAAGGAGAAGUAUGAGCGGUCAGAUGCCUACGAUGAACUGCGAAGCUCCCCCGAAUUUGACAGUUUGGCUCAAGCCCGGGGCCUGGAAAAUCUGCAGGAGCUCAACGAGCGCUUUGCCAGCUAUAUCAACCGGGCGCGUGUGCUGGAGCAGCGCAACACCAUCCUGCGCAAGCAGCUAGACACCUUCCAGCGCAUGGAUGAGCUGGUGGGCUUAGACGAGGCUUUCGCCGGGCAGAUCGAGUUCAACCGCCAGCGAAUGCGGGAGCUGGCAUCUGACCGAGCCAAGCUGGAGCGGGAGGAGAAGGAUGCCCAGCGAAUGCUCGAUGAGUACCGCAACAAGUAUAGGAAUGAACGGGAAUAUCAGCAGAAGCUAAAAGAAACCCUUGAACGCCUUAAUAAGGAAGCUGAUGAAGCAUUGCUGUGCAACCUGGAGCUGCAGAUUGAGUCCCAGUUCCUGCAGGAUGACAUAAAUGCCACAAAGGACAGAUACAAGAAGAACCUUAUGGAAAUCCAGACCUAUGUCAGCGUUUUGCAGCAGAUCAUCCAGACAACCCCUCGCGUGUCCCCUAUAACCACUGGCAUAUGCGAGGAAAAACUGAUAGCGGAGAGGAGGAUCCCUGUUCUGCAGAGCCAGCUGGAGGAAUACAAGAGCAUCCUCUGCCAGCUACAGGCACAGAAAUACAAACUGCAGACAGAGACAACCAUGCUGGAGCAAGCGAUUAAAAACACGCAGGAGAGUUAUGACGAUGAAAUUCAGCUUUACAAUGAGCAGAUUGAAAACCUUAGGAAGGGAAUUGAGGAGGCUGAGAAGACCUUGGAGAAGUACACAACCGACUGCCGCCAGCUAGUGAUCUACCAGCAGUCCCUGGAGAAUGAGCUGGAACGGUACAAGCGUAUCAUCGAGAAUGAGGAGAGCCGGUUAAACUCUGCUAUAGCAGGAACGCCAGUCACACUCUUCACGCAGAUCUAUAGACCUGUCCAGCCUCAGGCUUCGAGGGGAAGAGAUAUUACCCAGGCCAUGCAAGACAUUGCCAGCGUAAAGGCCAGACAAAAAGCCUUGACAAAGAAAAUUGCCAGGAAAAAGGAGCUGAUGUCUAAAGACAUAACCGAUGGUCUCUCACCUGAAAGAAUGUACGAAAGAACUCUGGAAGGUUUUGACCAAGAUCAGCUGGAGUAUAGGCACGAAGGCUCAGUCACAUGUGAACCUGAGCAGGAAGGAUUAGAACUUGAUGAAAAAGAAAUGGGUCCAGAGGACGUACCUGAUGGAGCCAAGAUAAGUAAAGCCUUCGAUAAACUGUGUAACAUUGUGAGGGAGAAAAUAAGAGUCUACAAGAGACCAGAGCCUAAACCUGAUGCCCAACCCAAAGGGCGUUAUGUGCUGGUAACAGGGGAGGAACGCUAUGAAGAACCUUGCAUCUUGGCCCCUUCUAUCCCAUCUGGGGCAGGGAUCACAGUUUCCAACAGCAAUGGGAAGGUGAUGAAUGGAGGUGAAGUGGAGCCCAUACCAGAGCUGCCAGAACCUGCUGAACCAUCAGAAAAAGAGAAAGGGGAUAUCUGUGAAAGGAGGGGAGAGUAUGAAUUCCAAGAUAAACAGAAAGAGGAAGAGAAAGAGUACAUGCUUGAAUGGGACAAAAAAGCAAGAGGAAAAAUUGAGCAAAUCACAAGGUAUCCAGACAUCUCUGAGCCUGAGACAGUUCCUUCCCCUGGUCUGAUAAGCCCAACAGAGCCAGGAGUCAUUCGAGAAGAAUAUGAACGAGAAGAUAAGCAGGGCCUUCUGUUCAGGGAAACAGGCUUGCCUGGCUCCAUGAGUUAUGAGAAGGUGGAAGUGGUAGAGUCAAUUGAGAAGUUUUCAGAUGACAGAAUACAGACGUAUGAAGAGACAGCAAUGAUAGUGGAAACAAUGAUAGAGAAAACAAGCAAGAAGAAACCAGGUGACAAAGGCUCUUAAGUGAC